AUAAAUCGGUUAAACGGUUGGGCCAUGAAAAGCUAGGAGACAGAAAGACAGGCAGACAAACUUUCGCCUUUGUAAUAUUAGUGUUAUAUCGAAGUAUGGAUUAUAAACGUUAUCAGUUGGGCAGGUCCGUCCACAAAGGCGAUUCUAGGCAACGGCUUAGAGCACUGAAAAUUGAGGGGUGGCCAUCCUACCCUAGGACGGAGUAAGCUUGUUAGCACGAGUUAAUUGGCUGGUGCGGACGGUGAGCUCACGCGUCACUUCUGUCGGUAGCAUAGAAAAAUAUAGUUUUUUUUCUACAUACGCCUUAUGAAUCACUAGAUGAUGAAGUUCAAUUGGAAAUUGAAAUGUUGAGAAAACCCUUUAUUUCGAACACCCUGUAGAACUUUCAUGGCUUUCACCCAGAAUUACCAUGCUUCAACAGUUUCACCCUCUUGCGCCACAGAACGUACGCGUUACUACGAAAUUAACGACAUGAUGGCAUUUGGAAAUAAUACUUUGAGUGGAGAAAAUAAUACAUACUCGUCAUAUGGAAUCGGUUUAUCCUUCUCCGACUUCGAUGACAAAAGCUUGUACGAAGAAAGCAUAAUAAUAAAAACUAUACUCAGCAUUUUCCUUAGCACUUUCAUGGUGUUAAGUUUGCUGGGAAAUGCGUGUACUUGUGCUGUAAUCAUCAGAGAGAGGAGCAUGAGAACACCCACCAACUGCUACCUGCUGAAUCUUGCGAUCACAGACCUCGUGAUUAGCAUUUUUGUACCCGUUGAAAUAUACAUAAUAUGGGUUCCAGAUUUCUAUCCAUUGGGUGAAGAGGGGUGUCGCAUACACUUCCUGCUGUGGGAUCUUCUCAGUGGUUGCAGUGUUUUAACCAUAUUAGCAUUCACUAUAGAGCGCUAUCUUGUUAUCGCGAAACCAUUCCUUCGACAGAAGCUUAUUCUAACUUCGCGAGUCUACAAGAUAAUAACAGUAAAUUGGGUGGUGUCUUUAAUAUUCUCUGUUCCUAGUGUGUAUUAUGUUUAUUUUGUGGAGAGGAAGGAGAACGUUUAUUGUUUUUUAACCGUCCCCGAUAAGCAGAAAACGUACUUGGUAGCACUCGAGCUUUUUAUAUUUUACGCUAUGCCGAUGACGGUGAUAUUUGGGAUGUAUGUCAUGAUAGCUAUCAAGUUGAAGUCCAAUAAACCUGAAUCUCGACCUAGUCCGGUUUAUGGAAAACAGAACAGAAACAAAGCCGUUAAAAUGUUAGCUGCGGUUGCUGCCUCAUUUUUUAUUUGCUGGUCUCCAUACACGGUGCUGCGCAUAAUGAUAUUAACUCCAAGUCUCAGAUAUCAAGAGCACUACAUUCUAUGGCGAGCUUUUAUAUACCUGAGCUCCAUAAACAGCUACAUGUCAGCCGCUAUUAAUCCGAUACUUUACGGUCUGAUGUCCCGGAGAUUUCGACGGGCUUUUAAGGAUUUACUCCAAGGAAGGAAAGUAUCAAAAAGGAACAACUAGUACCUACCUUGAAAACAAAGCAUCGUAACUGAUCUCACAAAGUAUAAUAUUCCUGCAAGUUUAAGUAAACAACUUUAACUUUAAACUAGUUAAGAGGACUUCGCUUAACUUACUAGCAAACAGAAGACAAGCUUACGAGUAUGUUUAAUAAAAUAAACUUUGUAUAUGUUCCU